CUGAGGCCCAUUAGGCCGCAGGAGAGAGUGCGGAAGGCUGAGGCCGGAGGCUUCUUGCGGCGGAUGUAUCAGGAGUUUCGGCUUCGGAGGCCCGGAGGCCCAGCAGUUCACAGGUACGGUGUGAAUUCUGAAGUCUUGAGCAUCAACGCAGGAGGGCUAGACCAUCUGCCUUUUGACCAUGGGAAUAGCAAACCCCUGCCAUAUAAUAACAGGACUUGUCCUGCUGAAAAUGGAAGCGAGGCAAGCCAGAAACGAAAGCGGAUAAAUAUGCAUCCAGACAGCAUCCAGACUCUGAGCCUUGAUUCACCUCCCAUGGAUCUGGGCAUGUCUGAUCCAACAGCGUGGGCCACUGCCAUGAAUAACCUGGGGAUGGCACCAGUGGGUAUAGCAGCAGAUCCUCUCUUGCCUGACUUUGACCCUGCCCUUGGAAUGAUGACAGGGAUCCCACCAAUUAAUCCCCUGAUGCCUGGCUUGGGAAUGGUGCCACCACCGAUCCCGUCAGAUAUGCCAGUGGCUAAGGAGAUCAUUCACUGCAAAAGUUGCACCCUCUUUCCUCCUAACCCAAAUCUUCCCCCUCCUACUACAAGGGAAAGACCUCCAGGAUGCAAGACAGUAUUUGUUGGAGGCCUGCCAGAAAAUGGGACAGAAGAAACAAUUGUAGAGAUUUUUGAGCCAUGCGGUGAGAUCAUAGCCCUUCGGAAGAGUAAAAAGCAUUUUUGCCACAUCCGUUUUGCUGAGGAGUACAUGGUAGACAAAGCUAUCUAUCUGUCCGGUUAUCGCAUCAGAUUGGGUUCCAGCACUGAUAAAAAAGACACAGGUCGCCUCCAUGUGGAUUUUGCGCAAGCCCGAGAUGACCUCUACGAGUGGGAAUGCAAGCAGCGGAUGUUGGCCCGAGAGGAACGCCAUCGCAGAAGGAUAGCAGAAGAGCGCUUCCACCCUCCUUCCCCACCCCCUGUGGUCCACUAUUCAGAUCACGAAUGUAUUAUUGUUGCUGAGAAGCUAAAAGAUGAUUCCAAGUUUCUGGAGGCUGUACAGACUUUGCUGACUUGGAUAGAACGUGGGGAAGUGAACAGACGGAGCGCGAACAACUUUUACUCCAUGAUCCAGUCAGUCAAUAGCCACAUCCGCCGACUUACCAAUGAGAAAGCAGCCCAUGAAAAGGAAAUGGAGGAAGCAAAGGAGAAAUUCAAGCUUGCACUGUCAGGGAUUCUUGCUCAGUUCGAGCAGAUAGUUGCUGUGUACCAUUCGGCAUCCAAACAAAAGGCUUGGGACCAUUUCACGAAAGCUCAACGUAAGAACAUCAGCGUGUGGUGCAAGCAAGCUGAGGAAAUUCGUAACAUUCACAAUGAUGAGCUAAUGGGCAUCAGAAGAGAAGAAGAGAUGGAGAUGUCUGAUGAUGACACAGAGCCACAAGAGCCCAAAGAGACAGAAGAGUCAGUAUUACUGUCACAAACAGAAGCGCUGAAGGAAGAAAAUGACAGUUUACGGUGUCAGCUGGAUGCCUACAGGAAUGAAGUGGAGCUUUUAAAGCAAGAGCAGGGUAAAAUGGGCCGUGAAGAAGACACAGGCAAAGACCAACAGUUGAUUAUUCUUCAGCAGGCUAUGCAAAGCAUGCAGCAGCAUCUCCUGAAACUACAGGAUGAAUGUGAAAGAAGAGAUGCUGAACUGGAGAAAGUAAAUGAAGAAAAAAGGCAGCUAGACAAAUUACUUGAAACUCUGAAAGAAAAGCAAGAGGCCACAUCUGGUCUGGACUGGGGAAAAGAUUCUGCUGAACAUCAAGACCAUCCCAACAGCCUGUCACCAAUCUGCUCAGUGAGCCAAGAGAAAGAAAGCGUGCUCGAAAGAGGACUCACCAGCAACCCUGUCAAAUCGGAGAGAGAAGCUUUAUUAGUAGGGAUAAUCUCAACCUUUCUGCAUGUCCACCCUUUUGGAGCAAGCAUUGAAUACAUCUGUUCCUAUCUUCAGCGCCUUGACAGUAAGAUUUGUUCUAGUGAAGUGGAAGCCCUCAUGACCAGGCUCCAACACACUUUCAAACAGGAGAUGACCGGGGUUGGAGCAAGUCUGGAGAAAAGGUGGAAGUUCUGUGGCUUUGAGGGGCUGAAGACAACAAUGUGAACUUGAAGCUAUAGUGCAGCUUUAGACACUGGCAGUCAUACAACGCGAACACGCUCCAAAAAGAAAACGCCUGUGGUCUUUACAAAUGUGGCACAGCCAGGGGCUCACCUUGCAGUCCUUGAACAGCAUCAAGAAAGUUAGGGGCCAAUUCUUAAGGGCUGUAUUGAUAUUCCAGUUGUCUUUUGUUUUGUUUUUUUUCUUCUCUGUAUUUUUUUGUAACAAGCAGAGCCCUUUUCCAAAGGACAGACUGGCACGUUUUAGGGUCAAUCCAAGCACAGCUGUUUGGACCUUUGAUACUUUUUACAAAUGCUGUUGGCUUAAAAACAAAAGAUUUUAAUAGCUUUUUUGUACACGGUUCUCUCAACCUUCUGGGUGACCUCAAGCAGUUUUUAUCCUUGAGAGCAGCGAUAAAGUAGAAUAUUGGGUUACAAGAAAAAACAAUUAUUUCAUGCUUCUAGCAUUAAUUGGUAAUGAAGUAUGCUAAACGUUUACAGAUUGAAACUGAUGCCGUUUUGCAGCAUGAAUGGUUUAUGGGUGAGUUUAAAAACACCAGUUGGGGGCCAUAAACGUUCCAUGUCAAAACUGAGAAAAUAUACAUGUCUGUCAUAUGUCCACACAGUGAGUGUGAUCUCUUUCAUGAAUAGCUGACGUCUACUUGAGCAGAACCAAACAUAUUGUAACAAACUGUUAUCAAGUGGUCAAGAGCUGGAUUUUGCUGACAUUGUAAGUGACCUGGACAGCACUUUUUUGAGCAUUGCCCAGGGUUUUCUUCAAACAUUUCUUCGUUUUCAUAGUUGGUACUUAUUAUUAAAGGCGAUCUUUCCACCUC